CUUUUACCUCAAAAUCCACCCAAGUAAUUUUCCCUCGGAUAUAAAAUGGACACUUCCCACAAGUUAGCCUAGGGAGCUCCCUCCCUAUUCCAAAAACCAAACCCUCCUAUCCAGGAAAGCCUUAAUUAAUUAGCUAUCUCCCAACAUUAAGUUUCUUCUUUCUUGUUGUAGCUUCGUUGCAAUGGUUGGGCAAUCAAGAAAAUGGAUGAUACUGAUUGCAACCACAUGGAUACAGGCUUUUACAGGGACCAACUUCGACUUCUCCUCCUACUCUUCCACAUUGAAAUCAGUUCUUGGGAUAUCCCAGCUUCAGUUGAAUUAUUUUUCUGUUGCUUCAGAUAUGGGGAAAGCUUUUGGUUGGUGUUGUGGUGUGUCUCUGAUGUGUUUGCCAUUGUGGGUUGUCCUCUUCAUGGCUGCUUUCUUGGGUGUUUUUGGUUAUGGAGUUCAAUGGCUUGUCAUUAAACAAGUCAUUACCGUGCCUUAUUUCCUGGUAUUUGUUCUGUGUUUGGUAGCUGGUUGCAGCAUCUGUUGGUUCAACACAGUAUGCUUUGUGUUAUGCAUCCGAAAUUUCCCAACCAACAGGGCACUUGCUUUGUCCCUCACCAUCAGUUUCAAUGGUGUAAGUGCUGCACUUUACACUCUGAUUGCCAAUGCAAUAAACCCCGAUGAUGAAACCCUCUAUCUCUUCUUAAACGCACUUGUACCUCUUCUUGCUUCCAGCUUAGCUCUCGUCCCCAUCCUCCGUCAACCACCUUUGCAACUUCUGUCCACGGACACUACUAGUCGGGAUUCCUUUAUUUUCUUUGUCCUUAAUGUUUUAGCUGUUUUCACCGGCCUAUAUCUUCUCCUUUUGAAUUCACUUUCAUCUAAGGCAUCGAGGGCACUCAUUCUCCUAGGGGGUGCCUUAAUCCUUUUGCUCCUACCUUUGUGUUUACCAGGCAUUGUAUGUGGCAGGAGCUGGGCUCGUCGUACUGUCCAUACCCCCGCCUUUUGUCUUGAAGGCCCCACCUUCAGCUCGUUUGAUCCUGAUGACUUUGAUCAGCUCCAUAAGGAAUUGAUUGGAAAUGACAGAAAUAAUAAUAGCUCGAGUGUCAAUCCGUUUUCUGAAACAAACAAAGAAGGGUUGUUCGGGAUGAUAAUGGAGAAAGGCAGGCUAACAGUGCUAGGUGAGGAACACCCGGCUAGAUUGCUAGUCCGCCGAUUGGAUUUCUGGCUAUAUUAUGUGGCCUAUUUCUGUGGAGGGACAAUAGGGCUGGUUUAUAGCAAUAAUCUAGGCCAGAUCGCCCAAUCACUCGGAUACUACUCCCAGAUUAGUGCCAUCGUGACUCUGUACUCCUCUUUCUCAUUCUUCGGUCGUUUGCUAUCAGCUGCCCCGGAUUUCAUGCUUUACAAGUUGUAUUUUGCACGAACAGGGUGGCUAGCAAUAGCAGUGGUGCCAACACCAAUAGCCUUCUUUUUACUUGCUGCAUCAGGCGGUGAGGCGGCAUUGCUGGCUAGCACAGCCAUGAUCGGAUUAAGCUCCGGGUUCAUAUUUGCAGCGGCCGUUUCCAUCACAUCAGAGCUAUUUGGUCCUAAUAGUGUGAGUGUCAACCACAACAUCCUCAUCACCAACAUCCCCAUCGGGUCGUUCCUUUACGGUCUCCUUGCAGCAUUAGUGUAUGAUUCUAAUGUGAAAAGUUCCAACCAGGAGAACUUGUUGGAGGAAGCAAUGGUGUGCAUGGGCAGGGACUGCUAUCAGCGGACAUUCAUCUGGUGGGGCUGCAUUUCCCUCUUAGGCCUAAUCUCCAGUUUGCUGCUGUUCUUAAGGACCCGACCUGCUUAUUAUGGCUACCAAAGGAACAGGAGUCGAACACAGGUUUCGUAGAUUAUAUAGCUAUGUUGCUCGGAUUUGAAGAUGAGAAUCAGAUUCGGGUAUGCUCAUUUUUAUUAAGUUUAUAUAUAUAUAUAUGUGUGUGUGUGUGUGUGUGUGUCAUACACAUGUUUGAGUGCCAUACACAAGUAUGAGCUAAGAUGUUUGGGAGAAAAUGAGAAGUCCUAGUUCCACACUCCCCUCGAUUUUCAUGUAAUAAGAUCUCUUAUUUGUAAUGCACUUAAAAGGAUAUUAGCAUUCUAAACAAACCAAAGAAAAUCAAAAGUGACAAAUAAUGUACUGAAUUAUAUAUAUAAUACAAUUUGAAAAA